CUUCACUUCCUUCGCAUCCGUUUUCGAUGGGAUAGUGUCAGUCGUAAAACCAAUCAGAACCGGGUAGAACGUGCCGCGUGCGUCUCGAGAUGCGUCGCCACAUCUUGCUUCUCGUUCUUGCCUGCAUCCUCGCGUUCACGGACAUCGCAAUCGCGUCAUGUUUCGCCAACAAAUACGAAAAUGGAUCACACGAGCGUGUGAUAUGCUCCAAUCUGACCAACUUAAAUAUCGCCAUCAAUUACGGCGGGACGCUCGUAGACGACAUGAUGAUUUUUCAAUCGCAGAUAGAUAAUAUUCCCGAUCAAUCGUUCCUGAGAUACAGUAAGAGCUUAGUAUCUCUGAAUAUGCGCGACUGCGGUAUCAGAGAAAUUUCCGGCUACGCCUUCGACGGUUUGAAGUACAUGAAGAAGCUCGGCCUGUCGUACAAUAACAUCACGUCGGUGAAGGAUCAGUGGUUCGUUGGUUUAAUAUUUCUGGAGCAACUGGAUCUCUCAUAUAAUAACAUCGUGUCGAUCGAGUCCACGGUCUUCGAGACAUUGCGAGGCCUCAAAAGGCUCGACGUCAGGAAGAACCGUUUGACAUGCUUGGAACCGGCCCAACUCGCACCCAUGGCAGGCAUCGAGAGGUUUCAUUUUUCCGGAAAUCCCUUCACCUUUCGAUGCCGUGGCACGCUGACGUUGUGGUUACAAGAUCUCGGCAUAAAUUACAAAACUGAGCAACGCGGAGAUGAAGACUGGUUGGACAGUAUAUUGUGGCUCUGCGCCGCGGACGACGGCAAGGUGGCCGAUUCCGAAGUCCUGAUGAAGGAAUGCGUUAUUCUUAAUCUAUUCAAUCAACUUCGCACUGGUCUAACCACGGCCGAGUCUUUUCCCUUAUCUAUUCCGCAGGAGUGUAUAUACGCAAGAAACGAACUCACCAAAUGCGUCACUACAGAUCGCAGACGUGGCAGGGAAGUUAUCACUAACGGACACGUCAUGAGGAAACUGUUACGACAGUUGAUGGAAUCGAAAUCAACUGUAUAAUAACAGCGGACUAAUUAUAAAUUUAAAAACAAAUAAUGCGUUGCCAUAAAAUAUUUUACGUUAAUUCUUUAGACGCUAGCAUUCCUAAUAAACAUCAUAUCUGAUGUCAGAUUUUCGUAUCGUUAACAAAAUGAUUUCUUUGUUUGCUAGACAAAACUGAUUUUGUCGGCAAAUUCGUCAUACAUAAUUCCAUAAUUAUAUACUGAUCUAUUCUGCUUCAUGUAAAAAUGUUUAAGGCAAAAUAAAUGCUCUUUUUUUUCUGAG